AUGCAGUCCCCGUCCCUCUCCCCCAUCAUCGAACACUCCUUGGCCACGCUACCUUUGAGAUAUGCAGAAACGCGCCAGACCUUCGAGAGAAUGCACGCCGCUUUCCUGCAGGACGGCAUCCUUUCUCAUGCAUUCGGCAAAGAAAAUGCCUACCACAUUGUCACGAACUUGCUUCAUACGCCUUUUAUCGAUCUUGCCAUACGCUGCGACACCUCUACAGGGUGCUUCUUCAUCCACCGCCCCGAGAGUCACCCCCUGUGCCUCGAUUUUCACUACAGCAAGCUUUCAGCAUCGUUAUCCUGGACCUUCAUUGUUCAACAGCUCUGGCAUCCCAAGUUCUCCAGCGGUACUGACCGCUUCGUGGCCAACCCCAACGUUCAACUUCAGAACACAAUGUUCUUCCUUCAUGAGGGGCAGACGCGCGAGUGUGGCGUGACGGCGAAGCAGGCUAUCGAGAAGGAGGCUGCCAACCAUUCCAGCAAACAACGCCAGAUCAACGGGAUGACUCAGUCCUCCACGAAGAAGCCCAUCGAUCUCAAGAACUUUAUUGCGCACCUAGGUCGCUCUGUGCAGAGGUAUUUAAAGUAUCUGGAGGACCAGCCUAAAGAAGACCCUCUCGUGUCGCCAGACGGACGGACGCUCAACAUUGACGACAUUCUCAUUCUGGGAGCCGUCAAUAUGCACAGUGCUUGCAAGCAGGCAGCGGCGGAGUAUGCAGUGACUCAGGCGGCGUUCUCUUCCCCUUCUACUGCCCCGUUUUCUGCUCGCCUUAAAUCUACUGCACCGUUAUUUGAUGUUUUGUUUGUGUCUCAAAAUUUCGGUGCUGGUGUUGUAACUGCAACGGCCGGACCAAGCGAAAAAUGGCGGGGUGCCGUGACUGAAAAAAUGCUCACCAUGAUAAUCGAUUUACAGGAAGUAUGGAGCAAACGGGGCAAAGGGAAGACUGGCGGGUGGUGGGAAGGAAACGACAAGAUUAGAUUGUAG